GAAGAAGGAAUAGUAUCUGUCAGCUGGGAUCUGCAGUGUUGUGGAGCUCUGCAGGAGAGCAGAAUGCCUGCUGGGAGAAGAGGGGAUGGAGCCGGGUCAGGAGGCUGCAGGAUGACAGUGACCCCAGGGAGGGCUUUCUGUUCUGGAAUAUGGACAAUGGUGGUAUGGGGGGUUUUGGUUAUCCUGUUGGAUCAGCGAGGUGCUGAAGCUUGUCCGGCUCCCUGCAGCUGUCUGGGGACCACGGUGGACUGUCAUGGACAAGGACUCCACUCCGUACCCAAAAACAUCCCCAGAGGGACAGACAGGCUGGACCUGAAUGGAAACAACCUGACCGUCAUAUCCAAGAAAGACUUCUCUGGUCUCAAAUACCUCAGAGUUCUUCACCUGAUGGAGAAUCAGAUCAGUAACAUCGAGAGAGGAGUUUUUGAUGAGCUAAAAGAGCUGGAAAGACUUCGUCUCAACAGAAAUCGUCUCAGUCAGAUUCCAGAGAUGCUCUUUCAGAAGAAUGAAGCUCUAUCCCGACUGGAUUUGAGUGAAAAUGUCAUCCAGGCUAUUCCAAGGAGAGCUUUUAGAGGCGCCACAGAUCUCAAAAAUCUUCAGCUGGAUAAAAACCGUGUCAGUUGUAUCGAGGAGGGAGCGUUUCGAGCUCUUCGAUCGCUCGAAGUGCUCACGCUGAACAACAACAACAUCACUACCAUCCCCGUCUCCAGUUUCAACCACAUGCCAAAGCUCCGCACCUUUCGUCUUCAUUCCAACUCCCUGCGCUGUGACUGUCACCUGGCCUGGCUGUCUCCUUGGCUGCGGCAGCGGCCAGCGUUGGGCCUCUACACGCAGUGCACUUCUCCCCCCUCUCUGAGGGGCCUCAACCUUGCAGAGCUGCGAAAAAGUGACUUUGCCUGCUCAGGUUACAGUGGCAGUGCCUUUGUUCAGCCGUGCAGUUUGGCAUCUGGAUCCUGUCCUCCAAUGUGUUCCUGCAGCAACAAUAUAGUGGACUGUCGGGGGAGAGGUCUCACUGCCAUCCCGGCCCACCUGCCAGAGGCCAUGACUGAGAUCCGUCUGGAACAGAAUGGGAUCAAGUCGGUUCCUCCAGGCGCCUUCACCUCCUACAAGAAGCUCUGUCGCAUAGACCUGAGUAACAACCAGAUCUCUGAGAUCGCUCCUGAUGCGUUCCACGGACUCCGAGCCCUGAACUCACUGGUUCUGUAUGGGAAUAAGAUCACUGAGCUGCCCAGUGGAGUUUUUGAUGGUCUGGUCUCUCUGGAGCUGCUGUUACUGAACGCAAACAGGAUCCACUGUAUUCGUGCCACAGUAUUUAAAGACUUGGAGAACCUGGCUCUCCUAUCACUCUACGACAACAAGAUCCAGAGUCUGGCUAAAGGCACCUUCAGUUCUCUGCACAGCAUCCAGACACUCCACCUGGCCCAGAACCCCUUUGUUUGUGACUGUAACGUGAAAUGGCUGUCGGACUUCCUUCGUUCAAACCCCAUCGAGACGAGUGGAGCACGAUGUGCCAGCCCUCGCCGCCUCGCCAACAAACGCAUUGCACAGAUCAAGAGUAACAAGUUUAGAUGCUCCGCCAAGGAGCAGUAUCACAUCCCAGGCUCUGAAGACAGACGUCUAAGCUACGAGUGCAACAGUAAACCGGUGUGUCCUGCAAAAUGCCGCUGCGAGGCCAAUGUGGUUGACUGCUCCAACCUGCGUCUCACCAAGUUCCCUGAACACCUGCCUCCAUCCACUGAAGAGCUGCGUCUCAACAACAAUGACCUUUCCAUGCUGGAGGCCACCGGAGCCUUCAAGGGCCUGUCGCAGCUUAAGAAAAUUAACCUGAGCAACAACAAGGUCCAAGAGAUUGAGGAUGGUGCGUUUGAGGGCGCCUCCUCUGUGGUGGAGCUUCACCUCACAGCCAACCACCUGGAGGCCGUGAGGGGGAGCAUGUUUAGAGGCAUGGAGGGCCUGCGUAUGCUAUAUUUGGAUGGUAACCAGUUCACCAGUGUGCCCAAAGAGUUAGCUUCCUUCAAAUACCUGCAACUUGUAGAUCUAAGCAACAACAGAAUCAGCUCGCUGUCCAACGACUCCUUCUCAAACAUGAGCCAACUCACCACACUGAUUCUCAGUUACAACUCAUUACAGUGUAUCCCUCCUCUGGCACUGGCUGGUCUGCACUCCCUGAGACUGCUCUCUCUCCAUGGCAACGACAUCUCUGAGCUGCAGCAGGGUAUCUUCAGCGAUGUGGCCUCCCUGUCUCACCUGUAUGGUGAGUUUUGUGAUGUGGCCCCUCCUCCUCAGACACCCUGCCAGCUGGCUCAGUGUCAGAAUGGCGCCCCCUGCGAAGAGAAGCUGGGGAUUGCAGUCUGUCAGUGCCCAUCAGGUUUUGAAGGGCAAAAAUGUGAGAAGCUGGUCAGCGUCAACUUUGUUGAUAAAGAUUCCUAUGUUCAGCUUCAAGACAUCAAAAACUGGCCUCAGACUAACAUCACACUGCAGGUGUCCACAGCAGAGGACAAUGGCAUCCUGCUGUAUAAUGGCGAUGAUGAGCCAAUUGCUGUGGAGCUCCAUCAGGGUCAUGUUAGGGUCACAUAUGACCCUGGGAACCAACCUGCCACCACCAUUUAUAGUGCUGAAACAGUAAAUGAUGGACAUUUCCACACGGUUGAGCUGGUGACCUUUGAUCGGAUGGUAAACCUGUCAGUGGAUGGAGGAGAGCCGACGAGCCUGGACAGUCACGGACGCAGCAAGUCAGCCACAGGGGAGGCCCCUCUUUAUGUGGGAGGUAUGCCUGAGGAGGUGAUUCCAUCCUCUGUUGGACUUCCCUCUCAGACGUUCAACACAUCCAGUUUCCACGGCUGCAUCAGAAAUCUUUACAUCAACCAUGAGUUGCAGGAUUUUACCCGCAGCCACAUGAAACCAGGAGUAGUUCCAGGUUGUCAGCCCUGCCUCAAACUUUACUGCCUGCACGGCAUAUGCCAACCUAUCACUGCACAGGGUCCCCAGUGUCGCUGCCAGCCUGGUUGGACAGGACAACACUGUGACCAACCAAUCACAGGAGGUCUUAGUGGAGUGGAUGUUGUCACCACGGCAACUGGUGUCAACCCAUGUGAGGGCAACAAGUGUGCGAAGGGUGUAUGUGUAGUGUUGGACACACAAACUUACAGGUGUGGUUGUGAGAAGGGAUAUGGAGGUGCGCUGUGUAAUAUCCAUGAAGCGUCCACAGGUUCCUGCCGGGGGCUCCCCUGUCUGCAUGGCCAGUGUCAGAAGACAGAGGAUGGAGAGAGCUGCAUCUGUGAGCAGGGGUACACCGGAGAGAGCUGUGAUAUAGAGUCUCCAUGUCGAGGCGAGCCCGUCAGGGACUACCACCGGCUGCAGCGCGGCACCGUCCUCUGUCAAACGUCGAAACCUUUCUCCUGGGUCGAGUGUCGGGGUCGCUGCCAACUAGACAUUGUGCAGGGAGUUGGAGCUGCCUCCUGCUGCGCUCCUCUGAGGAUCCGGCGGCGGCGGCUCACCUUCGAAUGCGACAACGGGACAUCGGUCACACAAGAUGUGGAGAAGCCUGUGGAAUGUGGCUGCAAGGAGUGUGUGUAG